AAAACUCCGUCUACAGCGACCGAAACCCCAGGUUCGGCCCGUCGUAUGCUGGGCUCCAUCGAAAGGUCCUUGCAUAAAGUACGACAUGCUUUGACACCCAAAAAGCCCUCUGAUACCAGUCCAGUUGUUUUGGCUGCUAAGGAUUUGUGUAAUGUAUCGACCACACAGUGUAAUGAUCCCGAAUUUGUGAUAAGCGAGUUGCUGAAAGCCUUGCACGAGAAGGGAAUUAUGUGUGAACGCAAAGGGUUUCGUCUUCGCGGAAAAAUGGAACCAAGUCUCGAAAACUACUUUGGUGGCUGUUCUUUCGAAUUGGAGAUUUGUUACGUUCCAACUUUGAUACCAUCGUUAAAAUUUGGCAAUGAUUUUUGUACACCCACAAAAUCGAUACUUAAAAAUGGUUUGUUUAAAUAUGAUGAGAAUCAUCCUACUACCACUAACAAUAAUAUUAAUAACAAUAAUAUUGGUAGUGGUGAUGGUGGUAGUAAAAUACCAAAAACGCCAAACGGUAAUGUCAAUAUGUAUAGUAACGCAGGUAACUUUAACGAACCCUUUGGUUCCCCCAUGUCAUCAAAGUCAUACAGGAUUGGCAUAAGAAGGAAACGACUCAAAGGAGAUUCUUGGUGUUAUAAAAAGGUAUGCGAAGAAAUUUUAGCCCUCACUGCAGCCGAUCUGAAGCAGUCUGUGCUAGAAUCGUUGGUUUGAAUUUCCUUCGUGGAAUUAAAAGACGAUUAUUGAUGAUUAAAGCAAAUACAAAAAUGAUUGAAAAAUUAUGUACCUGAUUUUGGCAUUCCAGAGAUUAGACUUAGAAAUCAUUUUACGAGUGACUUAAAGUCUACGAUUGCGCUUUAUCUAUAAAAUCAUUCAUCAAGAAGAAUUGCAAUAAAAUAAGGGAUCGACGUUCAGAAAGCACAACAUCCCCUCCCUGUAGUACACGUCACUCUCCCCUCUCAAAAAGGCUUUACCUACCAUACAUACGAAUGAAAUUUUAGAUUUGUAUUCCGGAUUAUUUUUUAAGUAUUAUACGCAGUAAAUUAUUAUAAUACUAAUUUGGAGGUCACCUCCCUUCUUCCCUCCUCAAGAAUAUAUUACGUGGCCUAUGGGCGAACCCUAAGUCAUACCGUAUACAGUUAUUUGGUUUUUAUUUCUUCAUCACAUAAAUUAAUUUCCUAAACGUAAUUAGUACAGUAUAUAAUACGAUCUCAGCGACUAAUAUUUGUUUUAUUUUUAUGGACGGACAGACUGUUAUUUUGAACUUAUUUCUUUACUUAAUUAAUUAAAAAAUAAAUACCUACACAUUAAUCGUUAUGCAAUUA